CGAGACCAUACGAGGUCAUAUUAUAUUAUCUUCCAACUGGGUCUCCCAAAGAGGUGAAAACAGUCUGUUGUUUACAAUCUCUGCUGAGUGGCCAAUACUUUUGUACAGCAGAUCGUACGACUUACUUCGGCUACAAACGUUAAAAUGUAUUCGGAAAAUCUAGUUGCAAAUGAACACUAAACGUAAUCAAGAUGUCCCAGAUAUCCCCAGACCUUUUCGUAACAGUGGUCUCAGUGGGAAUCGAAGGCAAAACCCAAUCAUGCACUCCAAAGAAAGCUGUCAACAACUCCGAAUACAUUACAGUUCUUACUAUAGGAAAUGAAGAAACCAAAACCAUCAAAGAUGUGUGUGAAGAGGUAAUUAUUUAUAGAUUACCAGGCGAAAGACUUGGUUUUGGUUUGAAAUUUGAAGGAGGUACUAAAGCACAUGAAUUUGUUAAAAGAUUAUUUAUCCAGUCGUGUGCUCCGGAUAGUCCAGCUUCGAGGGUUCAAAGUUCAUGGGGUCAAUUAGUAGAAGGCGAUGAAGUGCUUGAAAUAGAUUCUGUCCCAGUCAAUAGUAUGACUCGUAUAGAUUGUGUGAGAUUUUUGAAAGAUUCUAACGUUGCCAUAAAGCUUUUAGUGAAACAUUGUUUUAAUACCCAAUAUGCAAAAUCAUCCGAGGAUCUCCCAGUUAUUGUUAGUACUGAAGAAAAAAAACCUCCACCUGUACCUCCUAGAAAAUUGCAUCGGAAAGUACACAAAAAUUUACCAAAUUUUGGUGAAAAUGUUCAUGAUAAUAUUGUGCCAACUAUAAAGCAAUUGGAGUCAUUUUCAAGCAAGUCAGCUCGGCUUCAAUCGCCUAGGAAUAGUUUUCGGAAAAAAUAUUCUCCAGACGUUUCAAGAAGACUAUCUGAUGGCAGCCUUGGACCUCCAGAUGCUGAAGUUUAUAUUGAUUUGAUCUCUCAAGAAUCAACAAAAAGUUUGAGUGAAUCGGAUGAUACUGGAAGUACGAUAUCUACUGUAUUAGAUAGGUUUGCAUCGUUUCCAACUACCACAACAUCGAGUUUUGCAGGAAGCCUUCCGUCAACUCCAACAUCAAUUCAAAAACACUUAGAUUUAACAUAUAUUAUAGAUGAUUUUACCGACGAUGAUCUUUUGCCAGUUAUAGAUAAAAAGUUUAAUAGAAUAGAAGAAAAUAAUAAUAUUCUGGAUGGAACGGAAGAAAUGACCUUCAAAUACUUUCACGAAGGUAAACUUAAAGAUGAAACAGACUUCUUCUAUCAAGAAAACCAUCAGAGUAACAUUUCAAGCCCUGAAACUCCAAAAAGGCCAGUUAUUAUUCCCCGAUCAAGGGAUAGAAUUAAUAAUCCUUCAUCGAGCGAUAGUAGUGUUACUUUGCCACGAUUGGUAGAUUUUGUACCCAAAUUGCUUCAGAAGGACUUAGAAGCCUCGGUUGAUACCGUUAAGAGAUUUUUGGAUAGUGAGAGAUUUGAUUUCGAAUAUAGUGAAGAUGAUACUGGCCAGGAAAACGAUGUGGACUAUAAUAUGGAUGGUUACGGAUCCAAAUGGAUUCUAUCAUCGCAUUUAUCUACUAUUGGGGAGGAUGAGGAGGAACAAAAUUCACAAGAAUCUUCAAACGCUUUUGGGACUUCCGUCGUUACACCACGUGUAAUGAUCGAAACCAGUGAGUCUAGCAAUUCUGAAGCUAUUACUAGUGACAAAACUACUAGUGUAUCGACAGAAAAAUAUGAUAUGGAUAAUCCAAUGGAAAUUCCUCCAACCGACUCGCGGCAGCCACCAGACGGCCAUGAAUUUCCCAAUUUUAUAGAGACUACUCCAAUAGCUUCUGAAAAUAAUUAUCGAGCAGAAUCUGAUCAAUGUGUGACCAAUGUAUCUACUUGGAAUCAGCCGAUAAAUAAACCGUUAGACAGAUCAAUAAGUAGCUCAAACUACGAUCUAAGACCUAAAAUGGAUGAUUCGGACGAAGAAAAAUAUGAAUCAGCAGAAAAAUCAAAUUUAUUACAUACAAGAUCGCAGAGCUUAAUCGAUAUGAGUAUAUUUUUGAAAGAAAAAAAUUCAAGCAAAUGGAACACUUUAAUGGAACAACGCAAAAGUAGACUAUCUAAGCUUAAAGGUUUGGUUAUUCCUGAAGCUGCCGAAAAUGACGUUACUCCGUUAGUAAAUAUUCCUGAAAUAAAAAGCGUUACAACAUCCCAAAUGGAUUUAACAGUUAGGGAAAAUAAAAAAAUUAACGAAUUAAAUAAACCUUUGUCUAGUCCUAUGCCACCUAUGGUGCUACCAUCCUGGUCUUCAAAUACCAGUUUGCCUAAAUAUUCACCAGCUUUCAAACGUAAAAGUUUACAAGUGUACCCAGUCAGUUCUGCUAAAAAAAGUGACAGUAGCGAUGCUGAAAGUAGUUUCGAUGAAUAUAUAAGUAAAUAUAGUGACAGCACUCCAUCUAGAACUACAGACGAUCCAAAGUCUCUAGAAAGCAUCGCAUCGCCAACUAGAUCAGAUUGCAGUUUUGAGUAUAACACAUCACUUAAACAUUCAUCACUAAAAGAUCAUCACUUCCACCAUACAAAGGAUUUUGCGGAUAGCGAUAACGAUUCAGCUGUAAGCUCAAGCCAAUCUAGUUAUAAUUCAAGAACCUCUCCUCCUCCAUCACCAACAUCAGAUGACAAAUUAAACGGUCAAAAUAGAAUGCUAAAACCCUCUAGUGUUGAAGCCAUUAAUAGGAAAAAUAUUUUAGCUUCGGCUAAAUGUCGCAGCGGAAAGGAUAUUAAAAUAGGAUCUCCUGUUGUUCAGAGAAAAAGUUCAUUAGAUGAAGAAAAGACUGAAAUACCACAAAUACAAAGAGCUACAAAUGAUAAAGAACCCAUCAGUAUAAUCACACCAGAAGAAAAAAUUGUUUCAAAUGUUACUUUACGACAGAUCAAUCAUAUCAAAACAGUCAGCUGCAAAGAAGUUGAACCAGUGAUUUUGAAAGAACAUAAUGAUUAUCGUUCUAUGACUAAUGGCGAAGAUAAUUCUAUUAAUGCUAAUGGUAAUGAAGCUACUGCUCUUAAAGAAGAAAUAUCAAGUGUCAAUUCGGCGAUAAUAGUGGAACAAAUCGAAGAAAAGCCAGUUCCAUCAAAACGGACGUUCCAUCCAGCACCGCCCAAAGAAUGCAAGUCGCAAAAUGAAAUGAGACCGACAGUAAAUAGAUUCGCUAGUCUAUUACAAAGGCACAGUGCCUCUAGUAUCUUAGACAAACGUAAUAAACCAGUAAACGUUCAAAGCCUUAAAGCUAAUUUCGAGAACACUACUCUGCAAUCACUUCCAGUAUUUCCUAAAAGCUAUAAAAGUGGUGAUAAAAAUUCUCCAGCAAUAACACCACCGGAAGUAACAAAUGGAAAGCCUAUCGUGACUACUAGAAGACGUUCUGAAGAUUUUCACUUAAAUUUGAGGCGGAAAUCAGAUGAUAAAUUACUUUUCAGACAAAUGUCACAAGAAGAUAAGCUGAUAGGGGAACGACGAAGGUUUUCGAGUAGUAGUGUUGCAAGUAGCAAUACCAGUAGCAGCAGUCUAUCUAGAGAAGAACCACCUGUAGUACCAGUGAAUACGAGAUCAAAACUAGAGAACAUUGAAAAAAUAAGUGAUAACAAAUCUCGUAACUCAACUUUCCCAAAUAGUACUGAAUUAAAGACAGUGAAGCUAAAUUUGGAUCAAGCAAAUGGUAUUUUGGGAAUAACACUAGCGGGAGGAGUAGAUUAUGAAAAUAAAACCAUCACCAUCCAUCGCAUCAGGUAUGGAAGCAUCGCUUAUCAAGAUGGUCAACUGAAAAAAGGUGACAAAGUAAUAUCCAUAAAUGGACAUGAGACAGUUGGAUUAACUCAUUCUGUUGCCACUGAUCUUUUGAAAGCUUCUGUUUCAAAAUGCGUAAUUGUAAUAGAAGAAAUCAGAUGUUUUGUCCCGUCAUCGAACCUCUCUAGGAGAAUAUCAUCAUCGGUGAGCUCUUUAUCUUCUGAAACGAAAGGCCAUGAAACUGAUUCACUUUCUUCUGUUUCAUCAAAUAAAAAGCCAACUCAAACCGUUAAGGUCAUGAAAGAUGGAGGUGGUCUUGGAUUUAGUAUUGAAGGGGGCAGAGAUUCCCCAAAAGGAGAUGUGCCAUUAGUAGUAAAGAAAAUUUUCGCAGGUGGAGCAGCAGACAAAUCUGGAGAGCUAAAAGUAGGGGAUGAAAUUCUUUCAGUGAACAAAAUUAAUUUUCAAAUUAUGUCUCGUAUUGAGGCAUGGUCACAGAUGAAGAAAAUCCCAGAGGGUGAAGUUCUGAUUGAGAUUUUUCGAUAAACAAUAAAGUAUUCAAAGUCUUGCCAAAAUAUGCUUAAAUUACCCAAAAUUUACCUAUAUUUAUUAACCAGUAUGUAUUUUUGCCUUACAACGUUAUAAUUUAUCGAUAUAUUUUAUGUUGCAUUUUCUACUAAAUAAUUUAUCUACUUCUAUAUGUGUAUAUAAGUACCUAUCAUUACUUUCUAUGGUAAUAUAUUUUUUAUAAAAGAA